UGGACGUGGCAGCUUUUGUCUUGAAGCUCAACGUGGCAGCAAUGGGAAGUUGGUCUCCAUUUCUCUUCGUCUUCUCCUUGUCUGUCCUGCUUCAUUUUAACCCCUCACUGGCUUACUCACUGAAAAACUGCACUGUUGCAUAUUCUUACAGUGUGACUGAAGUUCGGGUUCAAUGUAUUCAUCGUUACCUCACUGCCGUUCCUGAUGAGAUUCCCCAAAAUGCAACAUCGCUAGAUCUCAGCUCCAAUCAGAUUUUAAAGAUCAACAGAACAGAUCUGAUCGGUUUAUCAAAGCUCAAAUAUUUGAACCUGAACAAAAACAGCAUCUCACACAUAAAAGACGGAGCUUUUUCUGACCUGGUGCAGUUAACCAACCUCACCAUUGACUUAAAUAACCUCACAAAUGUGACAGAUAACAUGUUUCAGGGACUGUCCAAAUUAGUUUAUCUGUCUCUGUACUUCAACCAAAUCACACACAUCUCCCCACUGGCCUUUCAGCAUCUCACCAGUUUACAGAGACUAAUUCUGAGAUUUAACAACCUACAUCAAAUUAUUGCUAUUGUGCCAGUUUUACAGCUACCUAACUUUUAUGAGCUGGACCUUGCACAAAACAACUUCAUCUCUUUUCAGUCAGACGAUCUCCCUGUUAACAUCUCAAACCUCAGGACACUGAAGCUAAAUUCAAAUUGUCUGAGAAAGUUCAGCCUUACAAGAGACCUCUUCCCUCAUCUUGAAUCUAUUCAUUUCUCUGGGUGCAGCAGUGACUUUGAGUGGAAUGUACCCAACAAGACUUUUCUGAGGAGCCUCAGUACUUUAUACUUAAGUGAAACAUACAUCAGUUUUGAGACAUACACAUUGAUGCUGCAGAGUGCAGACUCAGUGGAAUAUUUAUCUCUGGGCUUUAUGAAGCAGUGGCUUGAUGAAGGUCUGAUAGACAUUGCCUGCCGACUGCCUGCGCUGACAAGACUGAAAUUGACUUAUAACUUUCCCGGAAGCAUAAAUGAUACACUGCUGCAGUCUUGCUCUAAACUCACUGAGUUGAAUUUAGCAGCUAACGAUCUGACUGAAUUGUCACGGUUUUCACUCAGAGCAAUGAAACGACUAAAACGUCUGGACUUACACAAAAAUUAUCUGACCAGUGUGCCACUCGCCAUCAGAAGCCUCUCCACACUGCAGAUCCUACAAUUAAGUCACAAUUUCAUCGCUGAGUUACGCUGCUCUGACUUCCACAAUCUGACGAGAUUAACAGAACUGAAUCUGAGCUACAAUCGCAUUUCAAUACUCAAAAGAUGUGUUUUUCAAGAAAUGAAUUAUUUGAAAGUAUUGAAAGCUAAACACAACUUGAUUUCUGAAUUUGAUGGUACCUUCAAAUUCACUUUGCAGAACCUACAAGUUUUGAAUUUGUACAGUAAUAAUUUCAACAAGCUCAGUGACGGUCACUUUCAGAAUCUGUCCUCCCUCCGGUCUUUGGCUUUAGAAUCAAAGAUUUACUCUGUUGCCCAGGCUGGAGCUUUUGAAGGACUGUAUGAUCUCCAAAAUCUAAGUGUUUCACUGUUGUCUUACACGGAGGGACUUUUCACAGGACUGCAGCUCUUAGAAAGUCUCACACUACACCAAAGUUUUGAGCUGGACAGUGGUAUUUCUAAGAAAAAGUUUGAGCCAUCUUUCUCUAGUUUGCCUUCAUUAAAGAGGCUCAAGAUCAAAAAUUAUAACACAUAUUCAUGUGAAAUCUCACAGAAUCUGCUUAGAGGUCUUAAAUCUUUGGAGCACUUUGCAGCUGAGAGGUUCUUCAUUGAGUCACCACACCCUGAUACAUUUACAUACAGUCCUCACCUGAAGAACCUACAGAUAACUCAAAGUAAUUUGUCAGAGCUGAAACCUGAAUUGUUCCAGCCAAUCCCAAACCUGCAGGCUCUGGAUCUGUCCAAAAAUAAGCUCAGGUCUUUGGAUUUUCUUGCCCAGGCUGACCUGCCUGCACUUAGCGGGUUGACACUCAGAGGGAAUGAGUUGACAGUGAUCAAUGAGACAAUCUUCCAGUCGCUCCCUGCACUGACCUAUCUGGACCUGUUUGGUAACCCUUUCACUUGUGACUGCUCUAACACUGGCUUCAUCCAAUGGGUGAAGAGCAACAACCAAACACAGGUCAUUAAUGCCUACCAGUUUGACUGUUCCUUUCCUCUGAGUAAACUGGGUACUAAAUUGCUGGACUUUGACAUCCAGUCCUGUUGGAUGGACUAUAGCUUCCUCUGCUUCAUUACCAGCACUUGUCUGGUUAUUCUAACUCUGCUCUCAUCCUUCAUCUACCACUUUCUGCGGUGGCAGCUAGCCUACGCCUUCCACUUCUUUCUGGCCUUCUUCUAUGAUAGCAGGAAGAGGAGGAAGGGCACUCCUCAUCGCUACGAUGCCUUCAUCUCCUACAACAUUCAUAAUGAGGACUGGGUUUAUAGAGAAAUGCUCCCAGUGCUGGAAGGAGAGCAAGGCUGGAGACUCUGUCUGCACCACAGAGACUUCCAACCAGGUAAGCCCAUCAUAGAGAACAUUACAGACGCAAUCUACAGCAGCAGGAAGACCAUCUGUGUGAUCAGCCGGCACUACCUGCAGAGCGAGUGGUGCUCCAGAGAGAUCCAGAUGGCCAGUUUCCGUCUGUUUGACGAGCAGAAGGACGUGUUGAUCCUGCUGUUCCUGGAGGAGAUCGCAGCUUGGCAGCUGUCUCCCUACUACCGCAUGAGGAAGCUGGUGAAGAGACGCACCUAUCUGAGCUGGCCUCAGGCCAGCCAGUACACAGGGGUCUUCUGGCACAAUGUACAGAGAGCUCUGGAGACAGGAGAUGCUCCCACCGAGACCACAGACCCACUGACUGGACUUGCAGGACUGGAUAUUUAACUGGACCAGAGAUGCAACAGUCAAUGCUGUUCCUCUACAAUCCCUGCUGCAUCAAAUCUAUUUCACUUUCAUAAAUCCCAAUAAUACUUGUGUUCACAUUCUGAGUGGUAUGCCAACAAAGGACCAACCAUGGCCAACCAGUAAAGAUGGAGCUAUCUGCCUGCACGGGGCCAGUGCUGACCUCUGUCAGUGUCUCUGAUGUUUCCAUUGUUACAGUAUCAAGUGUUUCAG